AUGAAAUUAUUUCCAUUAUUAUUUGUUAUUUACCUCGUAACCAUUAAUGUUCAAAUUAGCAGUGCUGAAAUAGAUUGUACAUCUAUGCCAUUGAACGUGCUUCAAUUAAUAAAUACAAAUUUAACAAUAUUAUCUGGCAUAAAAAAAUUUCAAAAAUUAACAUCGUUAACAAUUCGAUUGGAUAAUAGCAUUACUGGUCAACAUUUACCGUCUGAAUUUGGACAAUUAAUAUCUUUAUCAAACUUAGGAUUAACUGAUGAUAAAAAUCUUGAAGAUUUACCUUAUGAUAUUAAAUAUUUAACUCAAUAA